AUGAAGGUGCCACAAGGAUUUGCGCAGCCCGGUGAUACCCGUGUUUGCAGACUUCGUAAAUCCCUUUACGGCCUCCGACAAGCGUCUCGAAAUUGGUACACCAAAUUCACCGAGGCCCUCUUGGAAUUUGGUUUCACUGUCUCUAAAGCCGAUCACUCCUUGUUCCUCUUUCAAGCACGAGAUGUAUUCGUCGCCAUCCUCAUCUAUGUCGACGAUGUUGUGCUUACCGGGAAUGAUCCUGCGACUAUUGCCCGAGUUAAGGAGUUUCUUCAUCACAAGUUCAGCAUCAAGGACUUGGGGGUUCUGAAAUAUUUUCUCGGGAUCGAGGUUGCCCGUUCUCCUGAUGGCAUUGUUCUCAGUCAACGGAAGUACACUCUCGAUAUUCUUGCAGAUUCGGGUAUGACUGCAGCUCGACCCAGUGCCUUCCCUAUGGAACAGAACCAUACACUGACACGAUUGACUGAGGAGCGUGUGACUGAUCUGAGUUCUUAUCGCCGCCUCAUAGGCCGCCUCCUGUAUCUCACGAUCACUCGCCCGGACAUAGCCUACUCUGUUAAUCUGCUCAGUCAGUUUGUUCAUUCCCCCUCCCCUGCUCACAUGGACGCGGCACAUCGGGUAGUGCGCUACUUGAAGAGUGCCCCCGGGCAGGGUUUGUUCCUUCCUGCUGCUGGCUCCCUUGAUCUCAUUGCUUACAGCGACGCGGACUGGGCCGGAUGUCAGUUCAGUCGACGAUCCACUACAGGUUACUACAUUGAGCUGGGCGGAGCCCCGGUCUCCUGGCGUGCCAAGAAGCAACGAGUGGUUGCCCGUUCUUCUGCCGAGGCGGAGUAUCGUGCCAUGGCCAGUACCACAAGUGAAGUUCUUUGGUUACGUUUUCUUCUCCACGAGUUGCAGGUACCACAACGUGCCUCGACUCUACUCUACUGUGAUAAUCAGGCAGCCCUUCACAUUGCUGCCAAUCCGGUGUUCCAUGAGCGCACUAAGCACGUGGAGAUGGACUGCUACUUCGUCCGAGAGCGUGUUAGCUCUGGCGAGAUCGCCCCGUGCAAGUUUGGCACUCUCUCGCAACUCACAGACAUUUUCACGAAGGCCCUGGGUACUGAUAAGUUUCACACACUCUUGUCCAAGCUUGGCAUUCGUGACCUUCAUGCUUCAGCUUGA